AGCUAAAGUCACAACCACCAACAAAGGAGAUGAAGCUUCAAUUGAUGCGAGAUAUAGCAGUAGAAUCUGGUAUAAAAUGGAACUCAAGGGAUUUGGAGCAGAAGCUAUAUAAACAACUGAUGUCUGAACAAGGCAGGCCCAAGAGUCACAAUGAUGAAGAGCAUAAAUUGCACAAGAAAAUGGAUGAAUCAGCCCGGAGCAAAGAACACGAAGACAGUAAACUUAAUCAUGAGAAUGUGAGACAACAUACAACUUCUAAAGCGAAAAGGGAGCAUCAUUCAUCUUAUGGCAGAAAGGAAGUCCCUGGUGAUGUACAUAGUUUGCCUAAGGGAAGGGACAGUGACAAACAAAAAAGAGAUAAUUUAAGUCGCGCAUCCAACAGAAAUUUGGAUGACAUACCUCCAAUCAAAGAUGGCAGAAAAUGUAAACAAAAUGAACCAGAUAUCAGUAGCUGUGUAUCUAAAGAAGAAUCUGAUGACAAGAAGCCAUUCUAUUAUAGGUCAUUUCAGCCUAAUUACACCAAGUCAAGAGCAUGCAUUACAAACAGCAGUUCAGAUGUAUCUCCUACUUGUUCCACUGAGGAGGCACAGAAACAUACAGAAAUGACUCAGAUGAAGGUUCAGUUGUCCAAAGAAGAAGGUACAUGUGUAAAUGAUACAAUCAAAAAGCCAAAACCAAAAUCAGUUAGGAGGACACGUCUGCAGCCGAUGCAUGGUUCUGAGGAGGACUCAGAUAGAUUGAAAGGCGAGGAGAGAGGAAAGAGCCGUACUAGUGGAGUGAAAGAUAACGGAAAACAUGGCAUAAGAAUCACAAAAGGUGAUCAUCACGAUCAACGGGAUGAAGAGGAAAAGAUGAUGGACAGGCUUUUGUUACACUAUACUCGGAAACAGCUUCAGAAUGAAAUUCAGAAACCAAAAUCAGUUGUUAAGUUACCUAAACUAGCUGAAGUUGACGCUGGUGAAGUUUCAAGGCAGAGAUUUCCAAAUGGUCCAUCAGGCCGAGCAGCAAUUACUCCCAUUGAAUUGAAACAGGCAAGUUCAGUAGCACUCAGAGUCAGAGAAGGGCACACACAGGCAAAUUCCUUUGAGCGUGAUAUGUUGAGUCCAAAUGGGCAUAUCCAUCCCAAGCUACCGGAGUAUGAUGACUUUAUCACUCGACUCAGGCGAAUAUAGUGUUGAAUCGACGAUUCAAUUUAAAUCCUGAAUCCGUCUCUAACUCAACUGGCAGCUAGCUCUAACAAGGAAGUUUAAAGAAUAAAUUUGAAGUCAAUUAGAUGUAUCAUUAUGCCAUUCUUCAUAUUACUAAUGGCUUUCUCAUCAUAUUCUCUGUCAACAAGUUAGGACUGUAAUCAGGAAGUAGUAUAGAAAAUGCUUACCUUAUCAUUUAUUUGUAAAUGGGAAAUUAGUUCUAGAACUUGACUACAAGUUCUUAACAUGAGUAAGAGAGAUGAGUAUUCAACUGUAGUCAUA